AUGAAGACCGUCUGUCCUGAUCGUGCACCCCGGACCAUUGGACCUUAUGUCCAUGCCGUAGUACAUGGGAAUACUGUCUUUACCACCGCCUGCAUCCCUCUUGACCCUGCCACUAUGCAGAUUGUCGGCGGGGGGGCUGAAAACCAACUACGCCGCAUUUUUGACAAUCUUAAAAUCAUACUCGAGGAAUCGGGCACCGGCUUGGACCGCAUCAUCAAGCAAAACGUCUACCUUACCGACUUCAGUCAAUUUGAAGCAUUCAACAAGGUCUCGGCAGAAUAUCUCGGGGAUCAUAAACCGGCUAGGGCCACGAUGAAGGUUCUAGAACUGCCCAAGAAUGCACCUAUGGGCCUAGAUGUUGUGGCAGCCCUGCCAGAAUAG